UAGUUUCAUUUUUGUUUUCCCCUCGACGGAGAAACACAGAUCAGCUAAACCUGCUGCAUUUUACCAAAAUACUUCUAGGCCUAUUACUGCAGUCUACCCGCCGUCAUGCCUGUCGUUACCUCAAGCCUGUCUGAAGACCACCAGAAGAAGCUGCUCUCUCUCCUGGGUAAUGUCAGACUCCACUUGCUCUACAAAGCCAGCGUCCACGGCUUCACUGCUUUGGCUUUCCACAACCGCUGUGACAUACAGGGGCCCACUGUCAUCGUCGCCUACAAUGGAGCUGGGUUUGUCUUUGGGGCCUACACAUCUAAGGACUACAACCAGAGCGGAGAGAAAGUCGAGGAUGAACAGGCAUUUCUCUACAGCAUCAGCGAAGGAAGAAACAAACCGCUGAGGGUGGGUGGUAUCAGCGGACAGUGCUCUUUCACAGAUGAAGUCACAGGUCCGAAUUAUGGAGCCUUGGUGUUCCUGCAUGAGAACGCUGCUAAGAUAGAGUCCAAACCAGGGGAGAACUUCACCUUUAAGGCUGCAGAGAUGCACGGAGGAGACUUGGCACUGACUGAGUUUGAAGUGUAUCGAGUUGAAGGCUUGGGAGAUCUCCUGGCUAAACCCUGGAGGAACAUUCAGUGGACUGCGGAGAAAAAGCAGCAGUUGAUGAAGGCCAUUCAGAGCUAUAAACCUGAGAUUAAAACUGUCCAACAAGCCCGAGUGUUGUUGGUGGGACCCGUUGGGGCCGGCAAGUCGACCUUCUUCAACUCCGUCAACUCAGUGUUUCGAGGCAACAUGACAUCCCAGGCCAUCGCUGGUACAGCAGGGAGGAGUGUGACCACUCAGUUCCGCACAUACACCAUCAAGGCAGGGAAAGGUGGUGGAGCUGUUCCUCUGAUCUUGUGUGACACAAUGGGGCUGGAGGAAAAUGCUGAGACUGGUUUGAACAUUGAGGACAUUGUUAACAUCUACAAGGGUCACAUAAGGGAUCGCUACCAGUUUAGUUCCUUAACUCCUCUCCAGGAGGACACUCCUGGCUUUAUGAAGCAAGUGACUUUGAAAGAUGCGAUUCACUGUGUGGUGUAUGUUGUUGACACCUGCAAGGUGUCCCUCCUCACACAAAAAAUGCUGGACAAGUUUGCUGGCAUCCGGAAAAAGACCAACCUCCUAGGAAUUCCUCAGAUUCUGCUGAUGACUAAAGUAGACGAGGCCUGUCCGCUGGUGGCAGAAGACUUAAAGAAUGUUUAUCGCAGUGUUUACCUCCAGAGGAAGGCCCGGGAGUUGAGUGAGUCUUUUGGCAUCCCACUGUCCUGUGUGCUGCCGGUGAAGAGCUACAGUGAGGAGCUGGAGCUGGACCAGGAUGUUGACAUACUGCUGUUGACUGCUGUGGCGCAGAUGCUGAACUACACAGACAGCUUCUUUGAGAACCAGGUUAUUGGGGGCCAAGAGAUGAUUGAUCAGCAGGAUCUCUACAGAUCCAAUGAGCUUAGUCGUCCAGUUUUAUGAGAACAAACUAAACAUCACGUCUGAAAGACGAGUCGCUUGAUCAUAUAUAUUAACAGAAAUGUGUGAUUGUUUAAAAUGUAUCCUUUGAUAUAUAGCUGCCAGCAGAAUAACAAGAAGUAAAGACAAACGAAUAGUUCUUUUUUUUUGCACAACUGAAUAUAUUCAUACUUGUUGCUGUAGUUUGGGUGAAUUUACUUUUAUAUCGAGUUCAGUUACUACUUUUUUACGGAACUUUGUUUGCACUUGUUUGCAAAAUGCCUUAUAUCUGUUAUCUGUCAUUACACAGUCACAAAAUGGAAAUAAAUGGAUAAAAGUA